CUGCAGUACUGUUACUACAGUAGUGACUUUAAACGAAUGUAUAUAAAUAACUUUAAAUGUGUUAUUAAUGACAUUAAACGUACACCUGAUAAUGUACCGUAUAAGAAUAUCCUCUACUGGAAUGGAGCAUUUGGACAUGCUGAUUUCUACUUAGGUUUUGGAAGUAAAAUAUUUGAGAGAUGUGAAGUGAGAAAUUGUUUUACUACAGACAACAGGUGCUAUCUACCUAUAGAUCAAUUUGAUGCUGUCCUCUUCCACGGAAGGGAGUAUAUUUGGGAAACUCAAGAUAAGCCUGAGAAUAGAUCACAGGCGCAAGUCUACAUCUAUGUGAAUCAAGAGUCUCCAGCUAAUACUCCCAAAUGGAUUGGAUCAGACAAUUUUUUCAAUUGGACUAUGACCUACAGAUUGGACUCGGACAUUGCGUAUACUUAUGGAAUGUAUAAAAACAUUACCACUAAUUAUAAAAUGCCUACUGUGGAAGAAGUACAACAAAAGUCCCGUAAAAUAGCCUGGAUGGUUUCCAACUGCAAUCCUCCCAGUAACAGGAAAACACUUUACGAAAAACUCAGUAAAUACUUUCCAAUAGAUGUCUAUGGCGCUUGUGGAACCAUGUCCUGUCCCAGAGAAGAUUCCAAUGGAUGUUAUGACCUCAUAGCAAGGAACUAUAAAUUCUAUUUAUCUUUUGAAAAUUCUAUCUGUGUAGAUUACGUAACAGAAAAGAUGUAUUCAGCAUUGAACAGAGAUUUUAUACCUAUCGUAUAUGGGGGUGCAAAUUAUUCUAAGUUUGCGCCACCAAACUCAGUUAUAGAUGUCUCAAAAUUCAGUUCCAUAGAGGAACUAGCUAAAUAUUUAAAGUCUCUAGAUGAAGAUCCAAAGAAAUAUCUUUCAUAUUUUGAAUGGAAAAAACAUUACAUUGUGAAAAGAGAUCAUAAAACUGCUCUGUGCGACAUUUGUAAAAAAUUAAAUGAACCUUUAUUGCACAAGUCUUAUGAUAUUCAAAAGUGGUGGAGCGAUGGAAUGUGUAAAGUGGGAGAUGACUUACCUAAGAUAGUAUUCACGUGAUCUUUUAUUUAUCGGACCACUAUAUUUUUCCAUAUAGUGAAGCAAAAAGUGAUAGGCCAUUAUUGUCUAGUACCGCCGUACUACCGUAGUACCGUAAGUUAUGACAAAAUUAGCUUAAACAGUGUAGUAAAAACUAACAAUCCAAAGAUAUUUUUAUGUAAAUAAAUAAAAAUAAAAUAAAACUAAAUGAAUAAUGGAAAUGCUAACACCAAGUGCACUCGAAAGGAAUAAUAUAUAGCGCUAAGUUCCGCACUUGAUGCAGCUAUUACUUUUACACAAUUUUAAUUUACUGUUUUCUAUUCCGCUGCCUUUAUACGUACAAAACGGUUGAGGUAUACUUGAUGACACCAAUUUAUGAUUCUUAAUAUAUGCAAAUGGCAUUUUUUACUAAAUCUAGAUUUUAAUAUAAUAAAUAAACUAUAUACAGGGUAUUAGAAGUUUGACUGCUUUAAU